AUCUACUCAUUUUUCUCUUUAAAACCCCACUACAAGUCCGCAAACCUCUCAACCGCCCCCAAAAACAGGACAAACAAUGGAAAGCAACAAGAGUGCCAUUCUUGAAUCUCUUUCUCCACGGCCACCCCCAAGCCUACCCUCUAUAGACCCAAUGGAGUUCCUCUCUCGCUCGUGGAUUCCUUCCGCACCCACUUCUGCGCCCUCUCACCUUGUAGGGCCCAUCGCAGAGAACGCCAUGGGAGAGCUGAAGGAUGGUGAUGAUGAUGAAGAGGUUUCUGUUACUGGGAAUCCCUUCACCUUUGGGAACAGUGCCACUUCUCAGCUUGUUAUGGAGAGGAUCAUGUCUCAGUCUGUAAGAAAUUUUGCACUCAGUUUUCUUUUUCCCUUCCAUUUCUUGUGGGGAUUAUUGUGCGGUGGUGGAUCUCUGAGCGACAGCCCUCCCGUCUCCCCUUCCAAUAAUGACGACUCCUGCAGAGUGAACAACAGCAGAACACCCAACUACCGAGCAACCAACAACAAAACAGUCGGAAGAUGGCUAAAGGAAAGGCGAGAGAAGAAAAAAGAAGAAACCCGGGCCCACAACGCCCAGCUUCACCGCUGCCAUCUGGUGGCCGGAGUUGCAGCAGCAGUAGCUGCAAUUGCCGCAGCCACUGCAGCACUGGCGUCGGCAUCCUGCAAGGAUGAGCGUGGCAGCCAAGACGACGUGGCCGUGGCGUCCGCGGCGACCCUUGUCGCCGCUCAUGUGUCGAGGCAGCCGAGGCCCCUCGGAGCCGAGCGUGAGCACUUGGCCACAGUUGUAGGUUCGGCUGUUAGUGUUCGGAACCCUGGGGAUGUUGUUACCCUCACUGCAGCAGCAGCUACAGCUUUGCGAGGGGCAGCGACACUGAAAGCAAGAGUGCUGAAGGAAGUCUGGAACAUUGCAGCAGUCAUACCAGUGGAGAAAGGGUCAAUGGAGGAGCGCAGCCAGCAUCGCCACAGGCGCAACCAUCAGCAGAGGAAUCAAGAGAGAAAAGACGAUGGGCCAAAUGGCGAUACCUUUGCUGAAGAUAACUUCCUUGGGUUAUGUACCCAAGAGCUUCUUGCUCGAGGAACCGAACUCCUUAAACGUACCAGAAAAGGUGAUCUUCACUGGAAGAUAGUUUCGGUAUACAUACAUCGAACAGGAGUUGUGAUGCUCAAGAUGAAGAGCAGACAUGUUGCAGGAACAAUCACCAAGAAAAAGAAAUGUGUUGUAUCUGAUAUAUGCAAGGAUGUAAUGGCUUGGCCAGGAAGGCACUUGCUUGAAGGAGGAGAAGAUCGGCGUUAUUUUGGGUUGAAGACUGCAGAGCAGAGAGUGAUUGAGUUUGAAUGUAGAAGCCAGAGAGAGUAUGAGAUGUGGACUCAAGGAGUAUGUCGACUCCUUUUGAUCGUUCGAGAGAGCAGACGUGGCCGCAGAUAAAUGGGAGAAAACUUGCGCUUUGGAAAGGAAUCGCGUGCAAUGUAAAUUAGGUAAAAGAAAAUGUGGUAGAUGAUGAUAUCAGAGCGUUAUUAUUCUUGGUAUUGUUUUCUUCUCUAAUGCUUUAUUUUAAUGGUUCUGGUUUGAAA